CACAACACAGUCAGACACACACAUUUACUGUCUGUCUGACUGCAGUAGUGGAGCUCCAGCAGCAGAAAUCCGGUCGGAAAGGAUUCCUUCCAUUUUUACGCGCAACUUUUCCUCCGUCGGCCGCCUCGCCGCGACGUUUCCAUCCAGCACAGCCUCGACUUCUUGUGGAUUUCUAACCCCACUUCCCGGCUGCUUUUACCGGACAAUCACAGAGGUGUCAACCCCCGCCGGAAUCGGAUCUCCUGUCACCGGGCUGCUUGUUGUCAUUUUCGCACCGAGACGGAGACGCGCAGCCGGAGCGCAGAGCGGUGAUGUGAUCACUUUGUGGAGCUAAACUGCACGAGAGGACUAAGAGUCACAGCAGGACGGCCCCAUGCGGACAGUUUCCAUCGGGGUUCCAGUUGAAGCCACACUGAGCGCGUGCAGACCUGCAGGUCCUGUGGUGAGCAAAACCAAACGACAGUGGAAGCUGUAAAAAAGAGGAUCUAACAGCACUUUUCCCUUGAAGAAAAAUCACUGAAGGAUUCUUCAGCCUUUGGAUGAACUGGAAAGAGAGACAACGCAGAGAAACAUUCGUGUGUUUACAAAAUGGCAAGAGGGGGACUGCUGUUCUGAUGUUGUCGUUUAAAGCCCCGCUUUUGAUUCCACGUUCUAACACCUGUAUCCAGCCUGGCGCAACAGUCAAUUUAAUUCAGCCAUGGACGGGUACUUCCUGUUUCUUUGAGAUCCUUGGCAGCCCUUGAAGCUUCAGCUAUCAUGCCUGGCACUUCUAGGACCUUGUAACCCUCCAGAACCUUUACCCCACCCACCCCACCCCCCUGCCCCUCAUCCUCUCCCCAAUCCCCAACCUACAAAAGAGCAUUAAGAAAAUGGAAGCUCGUGAAUCAGCUGCCAGUGGGCAGAAAUGCCCAAAUAAGGAACCGGUGAGGGAGAAGGUGCCUCUGCAAAGGAAGUGGGUGUCCGAGCCCUCUGCCACCACCAAACGAAGCACUUUUGCUGACCCAGAGGCAAAGCGACACUCACAACGUGAUAGUCUGCCUUGCGGUGCCACUGGGGGAUCAGCACCUCAGCAGAAGUAUGCAAUCACAGGGAAUUCUGGGAAGCUGCUAUCAGGACCCUCUGCAGUUGGGGCAAUAGGAGGCCCGCCAUCUCAAGAUCCCCAAGGGCCCUUUUGUCAGGGGUUCCCCCGGGGCUACUCCUACCAACUGGGCCAGCCGUAUCCCCAACACCCCCAGACUGAGCGCUUCCUCUCAGGAGCCAAACCCCAGCCGGGUCUGGAGCCUCAUGCCUGGCCUUUUGCUGGGCAACUCCCCUCAGAUGACCUGUACCCGGUGGGACACCCGGGACACCCCCAUCCACAUGGGGCUGGAGGAGGGAGGUUCCCUCGACAGAAAUCCCCCAGUUUACCAAGCUCCUUUGGACAGUAUUCCCAGUCAGGCCCGGAGCCUGGGGAGGAGGGCUAUGGCAAAAAAGAGCAGAAGCCAAAAAAGCCCGGUAAGUACAUCUGCCACUACUGCGGUCGAGCCUGCGCCAAGCCCAGUGUUCUGAAGAAGCACAUUCGCUCACAUACCGGAGAAAGGCCAUAUCCCUGCGUGCCCUGUGGCUUUUCCUUCAAAACCAAGAGCAAUCUUUACAAACAUCGCAAGUCCCACGCUCAUGCCAUCAAGGCUGGACUCGUACCAUUUUCAGAGCUAGCUGUGGCCCGCAGCGGGGACCUGGACCAGGCGUCCUCGGUGGGUGAGGCUGAGGUCCACUCAGAUGGAGAGCAGAGCACUGACACAGAUGAGGAAGGGGUGGAAGGCUCCACCAUGCUGACGGACAAAGGCAGCCCCAUCCCGCAGAUCUCCUUUGAAGCUGAGAAGAGUGCAGGUGGUGUGGAGCCAGCGUAUGCUGACUCAGCUGAAGAACUGUCCAUGGGGUCUGUGAAAGUGCCUAUCCUUAUCGUCCCCAAACCAGGUGGACUCCCCUCUACAGGGAUAGAGUGCCCUCCCUUUGCAGACAUAAAGGGGUCACACCACAUGACGGCUUCCCAGGCCGGGGGACUGGGUCUUGUCCUGGAUGAUUCCCCCACCAUCAAACAGCGAUUGGCACUAAGGUUGACCGGGAAGCAAAGCCAAGACUCUGACUCAGCCACGUCUCAGUCUUUGAACCUCCUCAGCCCUCACAGCAAAGGCAGCACUGACUCAGGCUACUUCUCCCGCUCUGAGAGUGCUGAGCAGCAGAUCAGCCCUCCCAACACCAAUGUCAAGUCGUACGAGGAGAUCAUGUUUGGCCGGACUUGGUACUACCGACCUAACUCCAGAUCGAGACAAUCUAUCACAGUGGGCAUGGCUGGAGCUGUGGGCCCAGCAGACCCCAGCAGCCUGGCAAGCUUUAAGCAGUCAGGUGCUAUCUUGGACAUGGGGAAGAUAGCUGAGGAUCAUAUCUGUUUCAGAGGGGAUGUAGGCAUCUCUGGAGAUCCUAAGCAAUAUCCAACAGGUCCCUGCCAGAGCAGUACAGGGCUUCUAGAGCCUCCUGCAGAUUCUGGGCCCCUUAUUAGGAGUAAUUCCAUGCCAACUUCUUCCCCCACAAACCUUAGUGUCCCCCCAGGGAUUCGUGUCAGCCACUCAUUUGAUGAGAUGAUGACAUCAGAUGAUGUUUUUUACCCAGCAGGGCUUCGCAGGCUCAGAAGACAGGCCGCCUUCGAGCACUCUGCCAACGAGGCCCAUGUGGGAGAGGGUGAGGGUUAUGGACAUGUGCCCAAGAAUGUGGCUUCAUCUUUGGGGUUGAAAAUGGGCGAGCGCAGCCCAGGAGUCCCAGAUCACAUCACCUACAGCCAUUAUGGUACUAAAGUCAGCAUGUCAGAAAUCGCCACAAGGAAAAGGAGGAAGGAGAAGAGUGUUGGUGAUGAGGAGGACAGCCCCGGCCACUGUGACAGCAGUUGUAGUGGUUCAGUGGAAAUGAUGGGGGACUAUGAUUUCAAACAGGGCAGCCUCGACGGAUCGAGGGGCACCCCAACAGGGAAGGGCUCCCUAUACAGCGCUCACAGUCAGUCUGACAGCUUUGAUACCUGCGCCAGCAUGUGCUCUGAGGACAUUGCACUGUUCCCUGACUCUGAAGGCAGGAAGGCAGCUGGGAAUGUUAUAUCAGUUAUUCAGCACACCAAUUCCCUCAGCCGGCCUAGCUCCUUUGAGAAGUCAGAGUCCUUUGAGCAGCCAAGUUACCAGCCUGCAGAUAAAGGUCCAUCCAGCCAGUACUCUGAGCAGUCAGACACAGAGAUCUUUGAGGAUGCACUUAGCCCCGAGUCGGUGCUGCUGAGGACAGAAAGCAUGGAGCAGCAGCUGCAGAGUGACAGCGACCUGGCUUCCCUCUCCUCUUCUUCUGCUGCAGCUUCCCCUGGCCAGCCUUACAACAUCCCUCACAAACUUGUUCGACAACCCAACAUCCAAGUCCCUGAGAUCAGGGUGACAGAAGAACCAGACAAGCCUGAGAAAGAAGCAGAAGCUCCAAUGGCCAAGGAGCCAGAGAAGCAGCAGCAUGUGGAGGAGUUCCAGCUGCCGCAGAGAAGUGAUACUCUCUCGCAGAUGCCUUCAGAGAAGCUCCCGCCCAAGAAGAAGCGGCUGCGCCUAGCUGACAUGGAGCACUCAUCUGGGGAGUCGAGCUUUGAGUCAACUUGCACCAGCCUCUCUCGCAGCCCCAGCCAGGAGAGUAACCUGUCCCACUCCUCCUCCUUCUCCAUGUCCUUUGAUCGAGAUGAGGGACUCAAAUCUGUCUCCCCCACCAAGCAGGAUGAGUCGUUGGCCUCUGGUGCUGGAAGUAAGCAGUCAGAAUUCCUGACAGUGCCUGGUAGUGGUCAUUCCAGCCACCACCAGCAGAGGGAGAUGAGGAGGUCUUCAUCAGAGCAGGCCCCCUGUGCCCUGCCCACGGAGUUGCCUGAAAUGCGCAGCAAAUCCUUUGACUACGGCAGUUUGUCCUCGUCCUCCCGACAGGGAGAGCUCUAUUGCAGCGCCUCGGCCAUGAAAGAACGCAAGCGGGGCUACCUCGUCCGACAGGCUUCACUGAGUGUUUACCCAGAGGCCGUUGUCCAGGAACCUGGGGCUGCUGAGAUGUCAAUCAAACAAGAGAGUCUGGAACACGGGGCGUGGCCUAGCACAACAGGACCAGUUCAUGGCAGCACUGAUGUAGCCGGCAGAACCAAGAGAGCUGGCAGCAGUGGUGGUGGUGUUGGCUCCCACCACCAACAGCACCAUCAGCAUCUCCUCCAGCACAGUAUCAGCGAGGACAGUCUGCAGGACGAACCUCUCUAUCAAAGGCCCCAGCAUCAUCGCCUGCAGACCCAGGGUUCUUCCUCUGAGGGAGAACAUCCGGGUCAGGAGGUCACAAGCAAGGAAGUGAUUCAGCAGUACCACAGCGGUCUGCCCUUCCUGCCCUUCCAGCAGCCUGGUCUGUUCUGGGGCCAGGAGGCCGGUCAGCGACCCAGACAGCACCUUGCCUUCCAGGCCCAGCAGCAACUCCAGAAACUCCACAUCCGAGCGCCAGGCAGCCUGCCUGGACACACACUCCACAAACAGCAGCAGCAGCUCCACGCCAUGCAGCAAAUCCACGAUCAGCAGCCAAAUGAGGGAAAAUUAGAAGGAUCCAACAGUCAGAUCUACCCUGCCUCCUUCUCAUCCCGGGCCUCUUCUCUAUCCCAGCAACAACCACAACACUUCGGCUCUCUCUCCUCCAAGCACUCCCUUCCCAGCACAACCAGCACCUCCAUGCUAUUACAGCAGAUCCAGCCUGUCUUUGCCACCCAGAACCUGGGCUCACAGACCUCUCUGCCAGGCAUGCUGGUUCCUGUGCGGAUCCAAACCCAUGUGCCAUCCUUUGGUAGUGUUAUGUACACCAGUGUUAGCCAGCUGUUGCAAACACACAGCAGUGGAGGACAGGGGGUCGGUUCAGCCCGGCUAGGCUGUGCUGACAGCAGCAACAUGUCUUCCUCGGUCGGUGUUGCUAGCGUCAGCAAACCACCUGGAGGAAUUGGAGGAGGCAUAAAUGGAACAGGUUUCAACCUAUCACACUUCUUGGGACAGCCUGAUGGGGCGACGCUGCGCUACCCGCUUUGGAAGGCUCCAGAUUCGUUGCCAGGACAAUGUCUGAACACAGGAAUCCCACUGUCAUUGACGUCGGGCACCAUCUCCACCACAGAUGCUUCGGGGUCUGGCAUCGGAGGCAGCAAGCGUAUGCUCUCCCCCGCCAGCUCUCUGGAGCUCUUCAUCGAGACCAAGCAGCAGAAACGAGUGAAGGAAGAGAGGAUGUAUGGGCAGAUUGUUAAAGAGAUGAGCGCUGUGGAGCUGAGCGGAGCUGAGAGCAAGCUAGUGAAGGGGCAGGGCGGACGACAACGAGCCCCCCUGAAGAGCGAAGACUCGAUGGAUGACUCUGAAAGGAUGUCGUCAUCUCCCCCGCUGAGUGAAUUCCCUGUUGCCCCCAAGAUUACCGUCCCCGUCCGCUCCUCAGCCCCCCACCUCCCUGACGUCCCCCCAGCUGAGAGCUUCACCCCCCCUCUCCAGAUUGUCACAGACCCCUCUGCUGUCUCAGGUGGUCGGGAGUCGCCAGAGGAACUUGAUGUGGACGAUUCAGUCCCUGAGCCAAACUCCAGCCCCCAGUCCAUGGUUUCCUCCAAUGACGCAGCAGAAAGUGAUGACGCAAAGCAGCCUGCAUCCAGUAAAAUCCCUGUGAGCAUGCUGGUUCAGGUAGCCGCCAACCAAAGUCCAGGAUUAUCUGGAGGAACGGGCGGGACUCUGCUUUUGACGGAUGUGGCUGAUGUCCAGCAGUUUUUCCAGUUCCCAAGCCUGCGAACCACGACCAGCGUCAGCUGGUGUUUCCUGAACUACACCAAACCCAACAGCACCCAGAUGGCCCUGCGCACCUCCGUCUACACAUCAUGGUGUGUGAGCUCAUACAAUCCUAACCCACUGAGCCUGAGCACUAAGGCUGCAUUGGCCCUGCUGAGGUCAAAACAGCGGAGAAACACUGAAAUGUACACGUUGGCCGCCAUGUCACCACCCAGCUCUGGAAAACUGGUCUCCUCUGUGGCGUGGAAGCUGAGGUUUGAUCAGUUGAAGCCGGAGCUGAUGCCAGUUGAUGUCAGUAAUUUAGGGAGGAAGAUGAAGGGAGUCGUGUCCCGGGAGCGUUCGAAGGAGGAGCAGGUAGAGAAGGAGGUGUCGGCCAAACAUCCUCCUGCCGAGCCGACGCGCAUCAAGAUCUUCGAGGGAGGGUACAAGUCCAACGAGGACUACGUGUACGUGCGCGGUCGCGGCCGGGGGAAGUACAUCUGCGAGGAGUGCGGGAUCCGCUGCAAGAAGCCCAGCAUGCUGAAGAAACACAUCCGAACACACACCGACGUCCGGCCGUACGUCUGCAAGUUCUGCAACUUCGCGUUCAAGACGAAAGGAAAUCUGACAAAGCACAUGAAGUCUAAGGCUCAUAUGAAGAAGUGUUUGGAGUUGGGAGUGUCUGUGUCUUCUGUUGAGGACAUCGAGGCCGACGAAGCAGAUAUUGGAGAGGAGGGCCAGAGGGCUUCUGGGAAGGUCCCGGGAGGCGUCCUGGCAGAGCACCAGUUCUCAGACGCCGACGACUCCGAAGGCGGCGAGGAAGACGGCGACGAGGUCGAUGACGAUGACGAGGAAGAGGACGACUACGACGGCGACUCCACCCCCAAGACCCGCUCGCGUUCCACCAGCCCGCAGCCUUACGGGCUGCCCUCCCUGUCAGUCACCGCUAUCGCCGCCUCCCACCCGGCGCUGGUCGGCCAGCAUCUCUCUCAUCAGUCGGCUUCGGAUCUCCUCGGCAACACCCACAAACCGCCGCUGUUUGGCUACUUCACCACCGUGCCAAGUAUCCAGAUCACACCGCAGGCCGCUCCCAGCGACCAGGCCGAGAGGGAGCAAUGCCAAGCAGAGUACCAGCGAGCCCUACAUGGGGGUAGCAGGCUGUUGGUGCCACCCUCCUCCUCCUCCUCCAUGGACGAAGACCUCCCCAUCCCCUCGCCGGACCUCUCCUCAUCCUCCUCUCGCCUGUCCUCACCCGGGCUGGAUCCCAACUCUUCUCCUAUCUCCCCUUCCUCCUCGCCUUCAUCGCGCCGGUACCUCUCCCCGCAUCGAGACCUGUCGCCCCGCGCUGGACGCCUGUCGCCCCGGCGGGAGAUCUCACCCCUGCGCCACAUCUCACCAAAAAGGGACCUGGGGGGAUACCGGCGAGAACUCUCUCCCAGGAGGGAUCUCUCCUCUCGGGGUCACUUCUCACCUCUCUCCCCUCUGUCCCGGCCCACCUCUCCAGCAGGGAGGGACUUCAAACGGGACCUAUCCCCGCGAGGCCGCCACAGGGGCAUGAUACGACCCCUCUCACCUCGCCGAGGGAUGCACCAGCACCUCCACCACCAAAGCCAGCAGAGUGGAGCACGGAGCCUGAGGCCGGGCUACCAGGCCGGGCUGCCGGGCCAGGGAGAGCUGGGACGCCGCAGGGUCAGCACCGGAGCGGAGAUGGAGACGGAACACCGGACGGGCUCUCCUCUGCCAGGGGAACGGGACCAGGCCGGUAGCCAUGGUAACCAGUCCAGCCCCCCCCACCAGGUGCUGUUCAGUCACCUGCCGCUCCACUCGCAGCUCCAGGUGCGUUCGCCUUUCCCCAUGAUCCCCAUCGGAGGGAUCCAGAUGGUUCACUCCGUCCCCACGUCCGUCACGGCCGGCCACACCCCGCUGGCCCAGCAGGGGGAGCCGCAGGCCUCGUCCCGCCUGCCGCUGCAGAAGAGCACAUCAGACGAGUCCAGCACCAGCGAGGCCUCCUCCUCCUCGUACUUCACCUCCUCUGUCGAGAGAGGAGGAGGAGGAGCAGGAGGAAGAGGCGGCGAGAGGCCGAGGGAGCCGUCGCCGGAGAGGAUGAUGUCAGAGGAAGGAGGAGGAGGGAGAGGAGGAAGAGGAAGAGGAGAGCCGGACAGGCAGGAGCAGGAGGAGAGCAUCCGGACGUGCACCAAGGCCAUCGCCUCGCUCUGCAUCGACUCCGAGGAGCGGGGAGGAGCGGCACGAGGAGGAGAGGAUGAUGGGAAGGACAGGGGACAAGGUCGCUCUCCGUCCUCCUCGUCCUUGACUCCUUCAGCUUUCGCCUCCGACUCCCAUCAUCAUCAUCAUCAUCAUCAUCAUCAUCAUCAUCACGAGGAGCAGCUACGUCGCUCCCCAUCGGCCUCCGCCUCUCCUCCCUCUCCUCAUCCCGCCCCGUCGCCUCCCCAGCAGAUUCAGCACUUUACCGGGCCGGAGCUCAGGCCCCUGCACCCCUCGAUCCGCGAGCCGCACCCGUCCUCCUCCUCCUCCUCCUCUUCCUCCUCCACAUCUUCCUCCUCCUCCCCUCACCCGCCCAGCCCCAGCCCCGGAUCCGAAACCCCCCAGCCGCCCGCCGCCUCCAAGCCCCACAUCCGCGGCCCCAAGCCGGGCAGCGGCCCCGGCUGGCUGGCCUCCUACCCCCAGGUCCCGGAGGAGAGAGACAGGGAGGCGGAAAGCACAAAAACAAGUAAAGACACGUCCUAGUGGAGGUGCGGAAGAAGAAGAAGAAGAGGAGAAAACAUCGAAUUCGGGGGUGUUUUUUUU